UUUCACGUCACGCGGGUUACAAUCUUGUUUGUUACGUGACCAAAGACAUACACAAAUGAAAGAAAAGAAAAAAAGAAUGCAAUAAGCGGCAUCGAUGCACGCGGUGACGUGCGGUUAAAACCUGUGUUUCGCCUUGUAUGGUUCAGCCACAACCAACUUCAGACAGUCCGUAUCGUACGAAAUGAUGGCAAAGCUUGUUUGACGAAAUUGCGGCGGUGAUCCGUUCUCAGGAUUAUCGAGCGAUCCCGCGAUUCCUAUCGUUUCCCGUGAUUUUUCCUCCGAUAUCCAUCCCUUCACGGUCGCGUUCGUGAUCGAUGCUUUUUCACCUUCACCCUUAACGACAUAUGCAAAUUCGAAAUGUCAACAUCAGGAGACCGAGGGGCAUCUCUUUAUCUAAACACAAUGUGCUGCGUGAUAAGAGCGAUGAUUGCUUCGUAUGAAUCAUUUGUGAUACCGAUCAGUGCUGGAAUAAUGUAAAAAAGAUCAAGUAUAUGUGAUACAUAGUCAUCUAUUUUUAUUGUGAAAUUACAAUAAGACACCAAUAACGAUGGGUUCUAUAGCCUUGGAAGAAUUUGAACUCAUGAAAGACUCUAAAUAUAGAGUCUAUGUGUCCGCCGUCGACAAAGCUCUAAAGAGCUUUGAAUACACCAGCGAAUGGGCGGACUUAAUCUCUGCACUUGGAAAAUUAAACAAGGUGUUAUUAAGUCACAUGAAGUUCCCGGUUAUCCCUAGGAGAAUUAAGAUAUCUAAAAGAUUAGCACAAUGUAUGCAUCCUGCUUUGCCAUCCGGUGUUCAUUUAAAAGCUUUAGAAACCUAUGACAUUAUUUUCAAAUGUAUGGGCACUAAUAGACUGAGUCAUGAACUGUUUAUAUAUAGUGCUGGUCUAUUUCCAUUAUUGGGUCAUGCCGCUAUGAAUGUAAGACCAUCUUUAUUGACAGUAUAUGAAACUCAUUUUGUACCUCUUGGAGAGAGAUUAAGGCCUGGAUUGAGUGGAUUUUUAAGUGGCGUUUUACUUGGUUUGGAGGAUGGUUCUGAUCACUUUGAUAGGACUAAUUCCUUAUUGGAGAAAGUAUGUGAGGGAGUAGGUCCAGAUCACUUUUAUGCAUGUUUAUGGGAUUGUUUAGCUUCAAAUUCUGGUAUACGAUUACCUGCUAUAUCUUUUGUAUUAGCACAUUUCAACAAGAAACUGCCAAUGGAAGAACAAAAAUACAUCAUGGGGACAGACACUAAUAUUAUGGUUACUGCUCUCUGUGCUGGUGUACAAGACAGUUCUGUGUUAGUACAAAGGAGUGCUUUGGAUUUGCUGUUAGUUGGUUUUCCUGUACAUAAUAGUCAAUUAACAUAUGAACACAUGGUAUCACUAGUCACAGCUGCUCUUAUUACCAUAUUGAGAAGAGACAUGAGUUUGAAUAGGCGAUUAUUUGCUUGGCUUUUGGGAACUGAAGUAAGCACAUCUAUUUUAAAAAGAAAAACGGAUACUAAAGUUUCAGAAAGCACGGAAAAUACACCUACUUAUUUUGAUAUGUACUCGAAGGAAAUGUUAAUUGAAGCAAUAAAGUCAUUGUUAAAAACUGUUUGCGAGGAAAGUCCACAAGAUUUAAAGCCAUACAGAAUAUUGGUUUCUUUGUUAGAAAAGGCAGACAUUGGUCCAGUAAUUUUGGAUGAUAUUUUAUUUGAAGUUUUUAGAACUUUUUAUAAUGCCUGCGGUCAAUCAAACAGAGUACCAAAAACGAACGAAGUAGUAAAAUCAGCAAAUUUAUUAUUUUCAACAUUGGAACCAUCUUAUGUAUGGAUACAUUGUGGAUAUUUGUUCGGAAAGGCUUGUCAAGCUAGAGCAAAAAAUAAACAGGAAACAGAAGACAUAAUCGUGAGACCUGUAGGUAGCGGAAUGCCGAAUUUCAUGGAAGUAUGUACAUUGACUGAAUUCCUGCUCGAAACGGUGUCGUUGGAUGCAUUUAUAGACACUCCUUCCGAGCAUCUACCCGGUUUGUUCUAUGAGAUCAUUAGUAAACUUUUAUACCAUAUCGAUCUUUUAUCUCCUAUGGAGAUUUCGAGAAGUCUUCGAUUAUGCGCAAAGAUUCUGACAAAAGUACAGCCGACAGUAGUUUCGAAUCAUACGGAGAAAAACGAAUUGGAAAUGAAAUUGGAUAUAACUACCAGUACUACUACAACAAUUAAUGAUAAUUCCUUAACCGCGAUUCCUUUGGAGAAGAGUCAAUCCGAUAGUAAAUUGAAUAAACCGGACACAGCUACCAGUUCGUUUUCCGAAAAAAGCCCUAGUCCUAGAAGAAGAGCAAACUCGGGAGGUGCUACCAAACGAUCCGACAAAAAGUCCAAAAAAAAAUCUAGUAAAAGUACCUCGAAAUUAAGCGAGUCUCUACCGGAACCAAGUACCAACAUUUCAGUAAUGGUGAAUACAGAAUCCAAAGGUUUGCCAAGAAAUAAAAGCAUGGACAAUAUAAAGACCGAGUAUAUUGAAAGUAUCAUUAAUUCUCCAUCUAAGGAUCAAUUGUCUACGUUGAAACAGUCAAGCAAAAGUAGUCCUAUGGGUUCCACAGGAUCCUUGGGUAGAGGACCGUCUCCUGCGUUUCAAGCGCAGCAUUCAAUGUUAGAAAAGUGUUUAAGACAGUAUGAGACUUUUUAUGUUAAAUUAAUUAGUAAUAGAGUAUUGAGUAAAGACAAAACAGUUCAAAGUAUGUUCGAUAAUUUGAUAAUACCAUGUCCAAGGGAAAGUUUUGAUGAGAGAAUGCGGUAUUUAGAACUUUUAUUGAGCUCCAGAUUGAAUAUGGAGGAUUCUGGUUUCUUCAGCCAGGACAGUUCUGUGACAGAAGAUACCAAACAAUUAGACAUUCUUCAUCUGUAUAUCGAUUCUGUUUCACAAGCAGAAUGGGAUGAAGCUACGAAAAUUGCCUCCAGCUUGUUUGUUGAACUGUCUACAUUUCCAAAAUAUUUUCUCCCUGGUGAUGGACUGCUUGUUGAAGAAGAACCAAAGGGAAAUAUUGUUCUUCCAGAUUGGUUGAAAGUUUUAGUAGUUUGUGCUUGCUGGUUGGGAAAACAACCUGCUUUACAAUUAACCAGUAUUGCUACGUUGCUGGAUUUAGUAGCUUUAUUGAAAGCUCAUAACGACAUUGAAACCCAUCCAAAAAGCGGAGAGGGAAUAACGGCUGUAAUUAUGGUGCCAUUAUUGAAACAAUGGCAUAUAACUUACUUGUUGCAAUAUACUAAUAUAUUUCAGAUACUAGCGCAUUCCUUGUGGCACCAUCUUGGCGAAUUACCUGCUCAUAAAUACAGAAUGCGGUGCGUUGAAUUAUUACAUGAAUUGCACCACGCUUUACAUAAUUCCUGUAAUGCAGUGGAGGAUGUGAUAGGACUGGCACUCACGUCAGAAAAUAUAGAAAAAAGAAUAGAAGCGUUCAAUAGGUUCGCUACAUUAUGGCAUCUUGGGCGUGAAAUUGAAACAAACCCUAGAUUGCGAGGCUGUAUGAAAUCUUUCGAUCAGUCAUUGUUAAAAAUACUGGAUAAUCUACAGCUAGCAGAUAACUCUCCUCUGAAACUUCACGCUCAGUCAUGGCUUCUGCACUCUUUAAUGCGAGGUGACAUUUCACGUAUAGUGGAUCCGUUAUUGAUAAUACUCCUGGAUCCAUCUACCUGUCGUAUGAGCGUGCUACAUGUCAGUAUACAACAUAGCAAUACUGUCCUGACGAAAAAUGAUUCCGUAGAAGAAAGGUCUGAGAUACAAGACGAUACAGAGGGUGCAGCAAAAAUUUAUGCGAUCAGUUCAGUAGAUGGAAAUGUAAUAUACCACGUUAGUGAUAACAUGGAUGAAGAUAAGAAAUGGCGAAAGGGUAAAAAGAAGAAGAAAGCUAUAAAUCCUGUAAAAGUGAAAAGAAUAUUCGCUGUGACAACGUUAGCUGCUGGUGAUAAUUGUAAUCAAUAUGUAACCGAAAAAAAUCAAUUUAUGAAAGAGCUCGAAGUACCUCCCAGUAUAUCUGGCAAUAGAAAAAUUUCUGUUUUCGUGAAUCCUUUAUCGCUUAACUGCAAUGAAAAUUCUAAUGACUCAUUGACGGAGGAUGAUUUGUUACCCAGUGUGAAGAAGACAAACUUAACAACGGAGUUGUUGAAGAAUGCAACAAGAUUUAAGAAGAUGGAUUUUGACAAAGGUUCGACUGCUAGCUUAGACGAAAGUUUUUACGAAUCGGCAAAUUCCAGCUUAAAGGCGAAAGAAAAAAGUGGGUUUAAAAAGCUAAAUGGAGAAGUAGGCUCAUCCUUGGAUUCAAUCACCAAUAGUUUCGACUCCAGUAGUCCUGAAAUCACCAAUAAGCAAACGAAACAGAAGAAAGAGCCUAUAAUAAUGCCAGGCAGUUCCAGAGAAAUAGCAGGUACUAUCAUCAAGGGCAAAUAUCAUAGCACAAAUGAAUUCGCGACGAAUUACGAUGUCCAUGAUGUUGGAAGUUUCGAAGCAAGCGUCGAAGUACCUAGUUGGACAAUGGAUGAUGAAGAAGCAGACCUGGAUGUUAGUACAACUGCAGAAGAAUAUUUUAGUAACUCUAGUGGGAAUAGUAUAGUCGAAGAAAUUUUAAACGAAGUGCUUGAUAAAGUAAUGCAAAUUUGCGACGUUGUUGAACCAUCUAAAAAUACUGAUGAGACUCAAAACUCAAAAACGAAUCGCAAUUUUGGAAUCGGAGUACACAACCUUCAUUCACAUAUGUUGCUUUACUGCGGAGUUUACGAUUCGAACAGAACACUUUAUGCAUUGCGUACACUUCGGAACGAAUUAUUGACCAAUACUAGAAUGUUUCUAUGUUGUGCUGCAACAACUAGCGUAACCAAUACAACAAAAAACACAACAUUAUUAAACUUACUAGCUAGACACCGGAAAAGUGUAUUUGGAAGGAACUUUCAUGGAGAGAUAGCAAAUACAGAGUUCAUAGCAGCUUAUAGAAGUAGCAUGUAUUUAGAAGUUUUAAUUAGUGUGUGCCUUUAUUUUGCUAGAAGUUACUAUCCUAAUUUAGGACAGAUGAGACUUACGCAUGAAGAAAUUUCAGGGAAUCGACAGGUGCAACUUGCAAGCGCAGAACUGUUAACACUUACAUUCUCCGAAUUAAUUCCUAUCGUUUGUGAUUCAGGGAAAGGUUUUAGUUGUUAUAUAAUCGAUCUACUUACUAAGUGUAAAGUACAAAAAGUUGCAUUACAUUGUCUUGUAUCUAGUGUGAUGAAUAUGAAAAAUGCACAUAAGGAAUGUGAAGAAAUAUUUACAUUUACAGAAGAAAUCAUUUUAUUCAAUGAUCCGGUCACAGACAAUGAUACAAGUAAAUGCAAAUAUCGUGCAAGCGAUCAUACAGAGGCUUUCCAAAUACAACUGUUAAGAUUAUUGUUAGCUUUAAUCAUGUUGGAACAUCAAUGUAGUAAUCAAAAAGGCGAAGAAAUAUGUCCACCAAUUAUACCAACACCAAGUACUCCAAUAAAGACCAUUCCUAACAUUACGGGAAAUAGUUUGAAGUAUUUGCCUGGUGCACCAAUUCCACAACAGCCAAUGUUCCUUGCCAGCAUAUUAAGUGCUUUACAAUUGGAUCACAUGAGACAUUUACAUCAACAUUGGACAACUCUCGUUACGUCGAGUCUUCCGUUUAUGGGACCUUCGUUAACAUCUACAGUUACGUCAGUUAUCCACCAAUUAUGCUGCAACAUCGAACACUUAGCAUCGUAUUACAUUAACGAAGAAACUACAACGCCGACGAAAUUGCAAGAUAUAAGUACAGUCGAGUGUUGUCUUCCUGCGGAUUACACAGUCACACAUCUAGAGGCUUUAACAUUUUUACUUCACUAUUGUUUAUUGGAUACAUCGCAACAAAUAGGUUUCUCGUUUAGUCAACCCUUGAGCGGCACAGUUCAGACUGGAAUACCUGGAGCAAAUCCAGGCCAAAUAUUUAAUAAUCUUAUCCAUGUAUUUAUGCCAAGCCCACUCUCUUCAGAGCUUACAUCAUCAAAAGAUAAAAAUGGGGCCAAUGAACUACAACAGCAUGCUCGAAGAACCGCUUUAAGUCACUUACCACGAAUAAUCGCAUCUCUUUCCACUCUCUGGCAAGCAGUGUUAGCAACCAAGGACAAUGAUCAGGCGAGUUGCGUAGUAGGUAGUCCAAGAAUAGUGAAACAUCAACUUCUAGAACUCUUGUCUCCUAUAUCUUUUCACCAUGGUGUGAACUUUUUGGCCGCUAUUGCUGUUGCCUGGCAUGAGAGACGGCAGCCUUCUGGUAAUUCUAAAAAGGUGCUUCCAGAAGCUUGUUCAAAUCAACAAGUUAUGGUUCACUUAGUAAGCGCGAUACGUGUGAUGCCUAUCGAUACUCUGGUUCAAACUGUUCAUCAGGUCGUAAAAAAUCAACCACCAGUUCAUGGUGUGAAACAAGAUUUCUCAUUGGAAGUUUCUGUGUUAGAAUUACUUUACGUUUAUAUGCAAAGUAACACGUCUCAAUCUCUUAUUGAAUCUUGGGCAUCUUUACUUGGUUUGCUCAAGGACGGCCUAUCUUUGACGGCACCUGCUCAAUUUCUGUUAUUGGCUAUCUUAAACGAAUAUGUACAGAAAUGUCCUCCUAUGCAAGAAAAAAAAGAUAUUAGAGAUCUACAAGAUGUGUCAGCAAAGUUGAUUGAGUCAUGUUCGCAAAUAGCCGGAGCAUGUCUUGAACAAACAACCUGGUUAAGAAGAAACUUAGCAGUACGAGAAGAUGCGUUCGAAGUUGCCGAAGGAUCCUCGGAAGGUAAAGAAGGCAAAAGUGGUGCUGUAACACCUGGCACACCACCUAAUGCAGCAUAUAGUAUUCAAGCUCAAGCAGUAUUAGCUGAAAUAGUAGCACCUUUAUUGGAUGUUAGUUAUGGUUCUCAAGAAAAAGAACGCGUAGUAACGCUGUUAACCAACCUCAUGUAUAAUAUUACACCAUAUCUUAAGAAUCAUUCGACAAAAAAUAUUGCCUCGUUUACGGCUUGUUCCCAGUUACUAAGUUCUUUGUCAGGUUAUCAAUAUACAAGAAAAGCAUGGCGCAAAGAUGUGCUGGAUCUUCUACUUGAUUCCGCUUUCUUUCAAAUGACACCAGCGUGUUUACCAUAUUGGAGGACUAUCAUAGAUAAUUUAAUGACACAUGACAAUACAACUUUCCGAGAUUUAAUGAACCGCGUUUCAAUGGCUCAAAGUAGCAGUAUCAGUAUAUUCUCUUCAAAAGAACAAGAAUAUGAGCAGAAAGCGCAACUUUUAAAGAGAUUAGCAUAUGUGAUACUUUGUAGCGAAAUGGAUCAAUAUCACAAGUAUAUGCCUGAAAUUCAAGAACGACUGGCGGACAGUUUACGAUUACCACAGGUGAUUCCAUCUGUUCAAGCACAAGUAUUUCUAUGUUUUCGAGUAUUACUUCUUAGAAUGUCUCCACAACAUACAACUUCCUUAUGGCCGGUAAUAGUUAGCGAACUUGUUCAAGUCUUCCUAUACAUUGAACAAGAAUUGAACACAGAUAGCGAAGAAUUCAGUCGUCAUGGCAGUUCGCAUAUAAAACUACUCUCAGUGUUGGAUUCAUCUUGGGCUGUAAACGCCAGUAAUGGACUUCAAGCACACGGUCAUCCUCAUUGGUUGCAAUUGCAACUUGCUGCUGCUAAAUUAUUAGAUUUGGCACUACUCUUACCUGCACACAGGCUUCCUCAAUUUCAAAUGUAUAGAUGGGCAUUUGUAGGAGAUUCAGCGGCAGGAUCCAUGGAAAACAAUAAUCUAGCUUCUGAUUUCGUACCACACAUUACAAGAAUAGCAAAAUUGAUGGACACUAAGUACAAACAGGAGGUAAGCACCGCGAAAGCUGUACCCGGUGAACUCCUCCUAACAUCGAAUAAUAUACGUUCGUUGCAAGAUCUGCAUUAUUUUUUUACAACAUUGAGUCGCAGAUCGAGUGAUGCACAGGCACCAUUGAAUAUAACACAACUGGAAACAGUGAUCGAACAAGAUUUUCUUGAAAAGAUGCCAGCUGCAAGGUAGUAGAAAUAUACGCAUUGUAACGAGACAACUUUGUAAAGGAGAAAGAUGGAAGAAGCAUCUUUAUUCUUUCAUAUUUUUUUAAUGCACUAGCGUGAACAUUUUGAUCUAAACAUGAUAAAUUAAGAGAACAUAACUCUAUUGAAAGGAGUAAUCUAGUUCCAUAAAAUCAAUUCUAUACAGUUUUAUCACUACACGUUGUAUAUCACGAACUAAAUAGAACAUGUAUUAUAUAGCGAUAUUCGAAAGAAUAUUUGAUUUCUAUUAGUUAAGCUUCUAACUUGUCUCCUCAUUCGGUUGUGAAUAGUUAUCAAAAGAUACGCCAGGCUGGUGCCUAGCUGAAUAUGUAUCAAUAUCUGUAGAAAAACAUGUACAGUGUAACAUAACAUUUUAUUGAAGUGUUAUUUUUUCAACUGUUUCCAAAAAAGUUAUUUGUUCUGUUUGUCAUACAUAUUCUUCUAUCCUAAUAUUAAUGAAAUUUUCGAGGGUGAUCGAUACAGUGAGAUAUAUGUAUAUAAACUAAAAUUUCUUAUCUUUUUCAAAUUCGUCAAUUUGUGAAAAAUACGAAAUAGUAUAUCCGAGGAAAUUUUAUUGAGCUGAUUUAGCCCACAUCUUUAACAAGUUCAUUUACAAGUUCAUAUUACUGUCAUCUAAACCUUGCUUCUAUUAUUUUUCGUAAUUUGGAAAUUAAAAACAAACAACUAUAAGUGAAUUUUAAAGCAAAUAUUGGGAGAUAUUAAUUAUUAUUAUUAUUAGAUUCAAAAAUUUCAUAUAUAUGAACGAGAGAAUGGAAACAGGAAAUGCGUUUAUGCAUUAUGUGUGUAAAUAUUAUUACCAUGUCUUUUUAUUUAAGACGGUAUUGCUAUAUUGAUUAUUACUUAUUACCUAAGUUUAUAUUAAAAAUCAAAUUUACUUUUAUUACCUAGUAAAAACUUAUUUUAUUAAUGAAAUUAUAAUCUUCACACAUAUGAUUCAUUGAUUUAUAUGUAAUCAAGAAGAAAUCAACAAAAAAACUUGUAAAAUUAUUUUUUAUAUAUAAACACAUAAAGAUUUCAAGAAUAUGCGAGUUUUUAAACAAUCUCUAAAACAAAAUUUAUUUAUGACAUAUAUAAUUGCCAGUUUGGUUUUACUAUAUAUGCAUGUAUAUAAAUACAUACAUACAUACAUAUAUAUAUUUAUAUUUGUAUAUAUUUAUAUAUACAUUAUGUUAUAUAAUCACUACUACCUUCUUACGCUGUUUUACUUCUAUUUAGAUGCGGAACAAAUUAACUGAAUAAACAUAUGCAAAAUACUGUACAUUAUUAAUUGAUCUUAUGAUUAAAGAAUUAAGUAACAAGAAAAAAAUGUAUUUACAUAAGUUAUGAUUUUAUAGUUAGGAUUUUAUAAUCAAUGCUCGUGCAAAGGCAUUUGUUACUUUCUUUGAAAAAGCAUGUAUAAUUUAAUUAUUUAAAUUAUGUGCAUAAUGUAAAUUAUAUGCAUAAUUUAAACGAUAUGCAUUUGUUAUUACAUGAAAUGGAAAAAAUAACUUUUCUAUUAAAAACAUUUCAUUCUAAUUGUAUAAGAAUUUUCAUGACGUUCAUUAUUAUAUUAUAACUAUUUCAAAGUAUUAUAUAAGAAAAUUGAAGAACAUUUUACAAAAAUUUAAUGCAUUUCUUUUAAACAAAAUCUUUUAUUUAAGCAGUUAUGCAAUUAUUUGAUAGUGUAUACAUUAAUUUCUAUAUAAAAUACAAUUUCAAUUGUUCAAUGAAACAAUUUGUUAAACAUUAUUAUAUCUUGUAAAUAUUUUAAGAUAUAAUUUUAGUUAAACAGCUUUUUAAAUUGUGCAAUACUUCCAUGAUAAUAUAUAUAUUUUUCAUAAAAUAUAUAUAUUAUCUUUCUUGCUUUUCAAUUCCUCUCUUUAUUUCAUAUUUUUGUUAACAAACAGAUCAAGAAUUCAAUGAUGGAAGUAUUGCACAAUUAAAAUGUGAAACAUUGUAAAACAUAUUGACAAAGACAAAUUAAGUGGUAUUCAUAUAUAUUUAUGUUGAAAUAUGUAAAUUUAUACAAUAAAUUAAUGUUCAACAAAA